AUGGCACAGGACUUUGGGUGGCGAAGGUUCAACUUUUUCGAUAAAAAUUUGGUUUUAGAAAAGGAAGAACCGAAGCAGAAGUUUCUGGGAUUGAAGGAUGUCAAAGUGGAUUGCUGGUGUAGUUCUGGGAAUUCGGUAUUCCUUGGUGAGACGAAAGGAGGAGUAUUCAGAUUAACGAACCAAUUGGACGAAUUCUACUGGAAAGCUUAUCAGAAGUCGCUGGCAUGCCUUCAUUCUGCCGGAAAAUAUUUAUUUUCCAUUGGGGAAGACGAUGAGUUGAUUAAUUCGAUGUUGAAGAUCUGGGAUCCGGAUGUUGUUGAUUCGAACGAGCCUGUCUUGAAGCGAUGUGUGAGAAUGUCGCCUCUUCUCACCAUCUCAUCAUGUCAUGCAUGCUGUGUUGCUGUCCAUUCGACGUUGAGCGCCGUCGUUGUCGGAUUUGCCGAUGGAGCUGUUUUGUUUUAUCAUGGAGACGUUCUUGCCGACAAAGGUCUCAACACGCGUUGGACUCGAAUUCGAGAUCCAGCCCCAUCAGAAGGAUCAAUUUCCGGAUUAUCAAUUGCCUAUGUACCUGGCGGAAAAACGGUGAUAUUCGUGAUCACACCGAGGCACGUAUUUUCGUAUGUGCUUGAGAAUCGAACGGUCGUCAACGUCAACAAGCACGAGGCAAAUGGCGCUUCGCCGGAUUGUUGGACUUUCGAUGAAAGUACUGGACAGCUUGUGGUAGCAAGUCGCGAAAUGGUCUACUUCUACGAUGCUGAUCAAUGCCGCGAUGCCGAUGGAGGCGUCGGAAGAUGUUUGCAAUUGGGAAGGAGUCAGGAGAAAUUGCAAUUAGUGGCGUCAGGACAAUACUUGGCUCUACUGACCAAACAGACUUCUCUUAUACAGAAAAGCGAGUUUAUGACAAUGAUGACCGUAUACGACAUCAAAGGCCAAUAUAUUGGAUUCGCGUGUUCUCUUCCAUCGUUAUGCAGAUUGUUCGUCAUCGGUUCAACAAUGUAUGUUCUCAGUUCGGAUGGUACCUUAUCGGAUCUUACCGAGAAGAACCUCAACACGAAACUUGAUAUUCUAUUCAAGAAGAAUCUAUUUGACGUUGCGCUGGGAAUUGCGAAAAACUCAAAAGAUGGAUCCGAUCAUUUGAAAUCAAUCCAUGCGAAAUAUGCUGAUUACUUGUAUAGUAAAGGAGAUUAUGAGAAUGCUAUCGAUCAGUAUAAGGAGACAAUUGGAAUGCUCGAGCCAUCAUACGUCAUCAAAAAGUACUUGGAUGGGUCGAAAUUGGUUCAACUUUGCAUUUAUUUGGAAUAUUUACAUGACGCUGGCAAAGAAAAUUCGCAUCAUACAAACAUAUUGCUUAACGCAUAUGCUAAAAGAGGAGAGAAAAAGAAAAUCAUGAAUUUUCUUAAUAGGCUGAUUGAUGGGACGCGAAGAGCGGAUAUUUUGGAUGUUUUCAAGAUUCUCGUUCAAUGGAAUUAUCUGCAAGAAGCAUCUCUUCUAGCGACGAAGUUCCGUUUGGAUAAUGAAGCGCUUUCCGUGAUUAUUGAGAAAUCCCAUAAUUAUUCGCUCGCUGUCAAAUAUAUUUCGAAGAAGAAAACGGAGGAGGCGCUCAAACAUUUGGAACGAUUCGGAAGAAUAUUGUUGCGAAAAGUGAAGGAUGAGACGAUUAGUUUACUGCUUGAUGUUGUGUCAAGAUCUGAUCAAGAGAAUAUCGAGAUUUCCAGCCUUUUGGAUAUUUUUAUUGGAGAAAAUGAAGCUGCUGAGUCGUUUAUCGAAUUCACGAUGAAUCGAUCCGAAGCUUAUGAUUCGAAUACGACCACAGAAUCCGAACUGUCAGAAAAUAUAUUCCCUCUGAUUAAUAAAGAGAACGAGGUGUUUGCUCUUCAUCUCGCCGAGUUGUUCGAUUGUCCUCCAGUUGUUGAAUACAUUCUGAAGCGAUCUCAUCGUAUUAAUGAACUUAUGGCGUUUUAUCAGAAGAAAAAUGAUCUACGAUCGAUUGUUGAGUUAUGCAAGUCUAGUGAGGCUGAUCGAGACGCGAUUUGGCUCGAUGCUCUAUCAUUUGUUUCCAAAUGUGAUUCGAUUGAGCACGAGGGUCUUAUUUUGGAAAUGCUUAUGGAGAUCGAGAAACGACAAAGCGUUCAUCCGCUAGUUGUUUUGGAAAUAUUGUCGAAAAGUGAGAAUUUGACAAUUUCCGCCGUCAAAUCCUAUGUAAUCAAUUGGCUGCAAAAACAAGAAGCCAAGAUUGCUCAAGAUAAAAAGAAGAUCGAGGAAAAUGAGAAAGAGAUGAGAGAGCUUGAGCAGAAUAUCGAAUCGCUCAAGUUCAGUGCACAGGUCCUUCAAGUCUCGAAAUGCUCGGCAUGUGAUACCAGCCUCGAAUUGCCAACGGUUCAUUUCCUCUGCAAGCAUUCAUUUCACGUGCACUGCUUCGAAUCUCAUUCCGAAGGAACGGAAAAGUGUCCCGCAUGUGCCAAUCAAGCAAGGGAUAGCCUUAAUGAUCGGGGGGCUCAUGGUAAGUUCCAGAAGGAAUUGGCCACGUGUGCGAACAAUAUUGAAUUAAUUGCCAAAUACCUCGAAAUGGGUUUAUUUGACGAUAGGAAGUCCAAGCCGGCAAAAAGUGAUGCCGCUCGCCGGGUUUCAAAUCUUUUCGGAGAGUCCCGUCGAAGCUCAUUGCCUGAUGACGAAGAAUCGUGGCCGGCUUCUCGAAGCAUGUCGACGGUUUCAAGCAUCCCUGCUUCACGCUCAACCUCGUCGAAACCACGCGAACUUAAUCCUUUUGAUGAGGAUAAUGACGACAAAAACCCAUUUGGUUCGACCACUCCGACCUCCACUAAUCCAUUUUUCACAGAUUAA